CCCGAGAACGCAAACGUGGCUGUACUGGGAGGCGGCCUGACGGGCUUGACGACGGCGUAUUACCUGGCCAAGUGGCUGCCGGCAACGACCAAGAUUACGCUGCUCGAGGGCAGCGAUCGGCUGGGCGGAUGGAUUAAGACGGAUAGGGUCCCCGUCAAGGUUGGCGGUGUUGAGGGAGUGGUGAAUUUCGAGCGUGGACCGCGGUCGCUUUCGUCGUUGAAUAAGAGCACCUGGCGGUUUGACGACUUGGUGCUCUGGGAUCUAGCUCUCGACCUAGGUCUCAAGGUUGUCUCGCCUCCUGACCAACCACGAUACAUCUACUACCCCGACCAUCUCGUGCCGAUGCCACCGCACACCAGUCUGGCGGCAUUCGCCAGCGAGCCCGUCGUUCUCGAGUCUCUAUGGGCCGGGUUCGGAUACGUGAUGCGACGGCUCUUCAGCAAAAAGGACGGAGUGCCCGUCCAAGACCUCUCCAUCGCUGACUGGAUCUACCACAUCACAGGCAGCAAAGCCGUGGCCGAGAACCUGGCCUCGGCCAUGGUCCACGGCAUCUACGGCGGCGACAUCUACACCCUCAGCGCGCGAAGCGUCCUCGACCGGUUCUACUGGGUUCACUACCUGCCGGCCUUGGGGCCCAACGUCCGGCACAUGGCCAUCUCGGAGCAGACGUUUAUGGAGGCCAUGGGCCAGGAUCCGCAGAUCCGGAAGCUUGCGAAGCAGCCGAGGGGGGCGCUUUUGAACUUUGGCGAGAUGGGCAUGGAGACGUUGCCGAUUGCGUUGGGGGAUGCCCUCAAUGGCCAGGCGAAUGUCGAGGUUAAGCUCAAUACCAAGGUUACCGAUCUUGAUUAUGACUCGGAGACUGAACUCAUCAAGGUCAAAACCGGCCAAAACUCGUCCGAGAAAUACCACAAAGUCAUCUCCACCCUGCCCUCCCAGCAUCUCGCCCGCAUCACGGAUGACAUCCCCAGCCUCGCCUCCUCGCACACCGUCUCCAUCAUGACUGUCAACAUCUGGUACCCCCAGACAAAUCUCAAGCCCCCGGGCUUCGGCUACCUCAUUCCCCUCUCCGUGCCCCCUGAGCAGAACCCCGAGCGCGCCCUGGGCGUCUUCUUUGACUCCGACGUCGGCGUCAGGGGCCCCGACGAGCCCGCUGGCACGAAGCUCUUCGUCCUCAUGGGUGGUCACUACUACGACAGCAAGAAGGAGCACGGCCCGACAGUCCGCAUCCCGUCCGAGGAAGAGGCCAUCCAGCAGGCAAAGACGCUGCUCGAGCGCCACCUCGGUAUCCCCCAGUCCACGCCCUGCUUCGCCAUGGCCCGCCUCGCCAACGAGUGCAUCCCGCAGUACAACCGCGGCCACCAGGACACCAUGGCCGCCGCCGACCAGGAGCUGCACGACAGCUUCAAGGGCAGGCUCGCCGUCGCGGGGGGUUCGUACACAAAGAUUGGCGCCAUGGGCGCGCUGCGCAACGGCUAUGACAUUGCCAACACCGUUGCUAAGGAGGAUUGGCUCACCACGGGGCUGGAGCAGCUGGAGUUUCCGACGCAGUUCUGCGGCGUGCCGACGGAGAGGAUUCCCGUGAGGAGGUUU